GGGCCGGAUGCGGGAGCGAAUCAAGGGUAUAGAUGCGCGAGGGCAUGUAAAUGAUGCCAGUUUGCGAAAUCGUCGGACGCUGCGGAGAAAAGUAGGAUAAACAUUGCUCUGAUUCAUAUGAUAAACUUGUCGAAUUAAGUUAUCUCGAACGACGGAACAUUUAUUCACAAACAGUCGAUAAGUGCGGCGGGAAAUGUCCUGACGUGACAGGAGCACCUGCCAAGCGCAAGGCCAAGCUAAGCUAAUGCUGCGCUAAUUCACAAUCAAAUACAUGUCAGAAUAAAUGAAUUAAAGGUUUCUAUGUUCUGACACGAUCGACAUUUGAUUCUUGAGCAGUGUAUCAUGUUCAAAAAAGCUGAAUGGUGUAUUCGGGCAAAAUGUUAUGCGAUAUAUUUACGUUAGUGUAUAAUGCAGGCCGAGUUGUUUACACUUACCAUCAUUUCCACUGCUAUCACAGUUAUUUACAUUAGUUUAAAGCUUUGGGUAAAUAUGACAUACGUUUUGCUUUGCUAGAGAUUCCUUCCGAAAUGCAUUGAGAUUUUACAGCAUUAACUACAGUAGCUCUGGUUUCUAAGAUGCAUUUAAUAAGGAGACACACUUGUGUUUGUUAAGAAGAGUAAAAUUGGAGGAUAGUAUAAUGUUGCACAUUGUGCUGUAGUUAUGAAUCAAUAAGUACAUGAAGACAGGCUGGCUUGGUAUAUGUGUCGGUACAUUAUGCGUCGUGGUAUUAUGUGUUGUUUGCAAAGGCUUGUGAAAUGUUUUUAUUGAAUGAAGAUCAAAAAGCUUUUGUUGGCAAGCAGAUUUAAAAUGUUUUAUAAAAGAACAAAAUCAGUUAAAGAACAAAUCGAGCUUGUUGUAAAGAACAGUAUUCUGGCUGAUUGUGGCACUUUCAUUUAAAGGGAGGUUAGCAUUUAAAAAAAUAAAACACUAUAAUUUACACUUGAGUGAUGAUGCAUUGCAACAGACUGAAUCUCAACUCAAUGUUCAGCUCAACUGAUGGAGUGUUGCUAGCUAAGCCAAAAAGAACACAUCCUGAUUCAAAAUAUACACCUUAUAAUGGCACAUUCACAAAUGUUAACCUGAGACUUUAUGCAGUCAUGCGUAUCACAGGUUUAUUGUGAUAAUGGUACUUAACUUAUGUAUAUGUUCAAAUAGGUUAAUAAGCUGUCAUGUGUUUAUACUUUCAAUAGUUGUCUGUCUUCAUGAAAUUUUAAGAGUGACACACACUCGGCUCCAAACACCGGACACGGAUCCAGGAUGCCCAUUCCUCCCCCUCCCCCCCCCACCCCCAGGUGGACCCCCUCCUCCUCUCACCUUUAACCAGACCAACACGACGGCUCUUAAAUUUACUCGAGAAGCCAAGGGCAGGGGGGCGUUGCUCUCUGAUAUCUGCAAAGGGUCAAAGUUGAAGAAAGUUGGUGUUGUCAAUGAUAGGAGUGCACCUUUAAUUGAAAAUCCAAAAGGAAGUGGAGUCACGUCAGGAGGAACGUCUGCAUCCGUCCAGCCCGUAGGGGGGCUGUUUCAGGGUGGUGUCCCAAAAUUGCGACCAGUGGGAGAUGGUUCUGCAGGCAGGUCUGCUUUGCAUCCUCCUGGCACACGUGCCGCUGCCCCUCGCCCGCCUGCAGGUCACGACGAUCCAGACAGCAGUUCUCAACAGGGCUCUCCUCCAGAAUCCGGCCGUUCCCAGAGACCGUCCCUGCCCGAUCUCUCCCGUUCACCCGGUGGAGGCAGCAGCCCCUCUCCAGGCAUGAAGCAUAGCUCUUCUGCGCCUCCUCCUCCGCCCCCCAUGACUCGUCGAGGAAACGCUCCACCCGCUCCACCUCAGAAGGCAGCAGCGCCCUCUUACAACCGCGAGAAGCCACUUCCGCCAACUCCUGGUCAGAGAGGACCCUCUCCGGCACCCGUGCGUGAGAACGCACCACCUCCUCCAGUAAAACCUCCUCCGUCGCCCGCGAGCAGCCGCUCUUCUUCAUCCUCCUCCCUGGCGCCACCGCCGCCUCCUUACCGCCAGCAGUCUGUGGUUUCAAACGGCCUAUCUAGUCCUGUGAACGAAGCCGCCCCUGAGCUACCACAGAGACACAACUCGCUCAACAAGAAACCUUCAGCAGGAGGACACACUCCAACACGGGGGCACGCCCCUCCACCGCCAUCCCCCACCCCACAGGCUGGCAGACCCCCGCCCCCAGCGCGAGAGCCUCCUGGACGAGGAGCAGCUCCUCCAGUUCCCGGACAGCCGUCACGGAACGGGCGGGAUGCUCCACCUCUACCACCCCCUUACCGGACACACGGCAGCACUACGGAUGGUCAGAGCCGAGGCAAGCCCCCUCCUCCCCCCUCCCGCACACCAGCCGGACCUCCGCCCCCUCCACCGCCCAUUCGCAAUGGACACACCUCCAUUUCCCGUUCCUUCGUAGAUGAUUUUGAGUCCAAGUAUUCUUUUCAUCCUCUGGACGACUUCCCUCCUCCAGAAGAAUUUAGAAACUUCACUAAGGUCUACCCGAGCAAAGCCAACAGAGGCGAGUCUAGAGUAAUGAGAGGAGCCCCUCCCUUACCGCCUGUGGGGAGGUAAACACUGUGACCGGUCGCAUGGGCUGCAUCAGCGACGAGAGUUCUUCAUUCAGACCCAUAAGUUCAUAGACAAUCUCACAUGCACAUGUAAAUCCUCGAAUCCUGCACCUUAUUAACUGUCAUUCUCCAUCGGUUAACAUUCCUCACCGUUGACACAAGCUCCACGCUCCAUUUCCAUUCUAUGAUUGUGUGGAAUGGAGUGUUUUUAGGUACCUGUUUUCUGCACAACAGACUAUAUGCAUUUUGAGAUCUUGCUGAUAGUCAUGCUGUCAAAGCCUGUAUGGUGGUAAUGCAUAGCACUGGAGAAGGAAAAUGCAGAAAGCCUUCGCAAAUAUGUCUUAAUUACCAUGUUGGUCGACAUACUUAGUUUUUUCUUAUUUGCUACCCCUAUGAUGCACUGUGAAUAAGGUCAGUCACACGGAUCUGCAUGAACUGACUUUUAAAAUAUGAACUGCUGUAGAAGUUUUUGUUGUCGCCCUUCCUGGGACGCACCCCUUUUUCAGGGAACAGACAUUUCGUUUAAGUUCUCUCAGGAGGUUUAAUGGACUUCAUGACCUUCUCCAAAGGCAGAGAGCUUGAUGAACCAGUGUUAGGACGGGUCCAAAAGUGCCAAGAGAAUGCGCUCUAGCAUUUACCCAAACAGCAUGACACGGGCCGUCAGUCGAAGGCUGAUUGCCUUUAUUAAUCGUCGCUUUAAAGAUGAAUCUUGAAUUAAGCUGGUUUGGAGAUGUCAUCCAGAGAUAUGCCUCAAACUUUGUGCCGUAUCCUCACCCGCAAUGUGAAUUCUGGGUUUUGUUAUGAUGACGUAACAGGCCGCCGAGGCUUUGCCCUUUUUUUAUCCUCUGCUUUGAUGUUUGUGAGCUUACUUGUGAGCUAAAAGAGCAAACCUUGUUCAUGUUCUGCCUGUGAAUUUGUGAAUUUUUGUCUUUGGUUAGUGUUGUGAUAGAAGACUGCCACUGUGUCCUGAGGAAGAAUAACUGGAAUUUUAGGAGUGACGCAGAUGGGAGAUGAACAGUAAAAUCAGCCAUUGUGGAUUCAUGCAUGCUACUUUUUGAUACAGACCUUAAACAAAAAUAAUGGAUGUAUUUGCAUGUAUGUAAUCUUCCUAUUGUCCUGGAGCAGGAACGGGUUUAACAGGAACAGGAAACGGGAAGUUCUGAGUUGUGGCAACUACCUAGCCAGUCAUGUUUAACUGAUUGUCAUUGCACUAACUCUUAGCAUUCCACUUAGCCACAAAAGUCUAGGUUAAAGAUAAAGCUAACUCUCCAUUUCUCAUGACUGGCAUUGAUGCUUUCUAACAUAUCUACAAUUUGAGGCAGAUUUGUUCAGUGUCAUUGUUUGAUUGUUCCGGGUGUAUAUUCUGUAUAUGCUUGUUCUCAAUCCAACCACCAACAUUUGCACGUUUUAUUUUAUGAGGGGCUAUCUGUAACCAACUCUAAAUCAUGUAUAGCUAUCUGGACAAUACUGAAUCCUUUCCACUACAUUGCCCCUGUUCUUCUGCCUUACAUUUACUGAUAAACUUGUCGGUACUUACGAUUUCUAAGAAAGAAAGUGUAUUUAGAGUACAUAGAGUGAUAUGGUAGUGGUAGAUAUAAUUCUAUUUUUAAGGUGUAAAAAGCUUGUAAUAUAGUCAAAACUUUCAGGCAGCCAUGCAUAAUUUAGGCUUCGAAUGAAGUGACUAAUAACCUGAUGUUGUAUCCCUGAAAACAGGUCAAAUAUUUUCGUCCUAAAUCGCCUACUGUCUGCCAGAAGGGUUGGGUGUACAUGUCUGUAGAGAAGUAUACUGUAACUUACUCGCAUUGAGAGCGUAUUCUUGUCAUGAUCAUCAUUCCAUGCUUAACUCGAACUUGUACAUUUCACACCUGUUGGUCUUUGGAUCAACUAGUUGAAAUAAAAGCUGAUGAUAAGA